CUUCGUGCUGGGUCCUCACAGCCCCGCUUGCGACGUGCCCAGCAGCGGGGUUUUCCUCGUGAGGCCGGGAGCGCCCGGCCCCGGCCCUGAGCCCAUGGACGGCCCCGACAUCUUCCUGGGCCCCUGCGAGGGAGCCCUCUGCGGGGUCCCGGGCCAGAAGCGCCGCUGCAUGUCGGCCCUGGAGCCCGUCACUUUGCCCAGCCCCAGAUCCGAGGCCAGCUGGGAAGAGGAGGAGGAAGAGGAGGAGGAGGAAGACGAGGAUGAAGACCGGUUCCGGGGGGUGCCGCUGCGGCGAGCGUGUGCCCUGCGGACCUCGAUGCGCAGCCGGGACCCCUUCCGCCGGCACAGCUGGGAGCCGGGCAAGGAGCUGCGCGGGGUCCCCGGCUACGACCAGCUCAGCGUGAGCCUCAAGGGGCUGAGCCCCGACGACUUCGGCUCCAGCACGGAGCUGCUGGAUGAGCUGGGGAGGCGGCGGCGGGACCCCCGGCGAGCCCCCCUCGUCCGCAGCACCGAGUCCCUGCUGUCCCUGGACGAGGAGGAUGAGGCCGAUCUGCAGCGGGCCCAGGAGGACGCGCAGAGGCUGCAGGUGUACCGGGCCAGGAGCGCCGGCGGCUGCGCCCUCGCCAAAUCCGCGUCCCUCGGCGUCAUCGACAGCUUCCCCGAGGCAGUGGAAAUUUCCCCCUUCGCCUCCCAGCAGAGCCUGGCCAACGGCUUCGGCGCCGGGAGCUGCGGGCAGCUGGCGGCCUCGGGCGAGCCGGGGAGCCGGGAAGGGAGCCCCCUGGGCCGAACCCUCAGCUUCAUCAGGAGGAUGACGGGGAAGACGAAGGUAGGGGGGAGGAGAUGGAGGGGGGAAUGGGGGGGGAGCAUCCGUGGCCGGGACCCCCGGAGCCAGGCACUUGAGCCCAUGGGGCGGUG